UUUCUCUCUAUUCCAACUGUGAAUGCGAAGAGAGAGAGAGAGUCUAGAGAGAGAGAGUUAGGAGGGAAGUCUCUUCGAAAGACGUUGGACCCUCUCCUCUUCUUCUUUCAUUUCAUCAAAUGCUGGUGGUGGCUUUCACACGCAAAAAAAUUCCCCUUCUCAUCUUCUUCCCAAACCCAAACCCAAACCCCGUCUCUUAAAUCCCCCAUCUUUCUUUUCUUUCUCCCAUCUCAAACCCAUAAGACUGAUUUGAUCGAGUUUUCUUGAUUCAAUGGGUAAUUGCUGUGUGACCCCUCCCCAAACGGGUUCGCCCUUAAAGAACAAGAAGAACAAGCCGAACCCAUUUGCCAUAGACUACGCCGUCACCCAUGGCGGCAGCAAGCUCUCCGUCUUGAAGGACCCAACCGGCACCGAAAUCGAGCGGACGUAUGAACUCGGCCGCGAGCUCGGCCGCGGAGAAUUCGGAGUCACCUAUCUCUGUACUGACAAGGUCACCAGCGAGAAGUUCGCCUGCAAAUCGAUUUCGAAGCAGAAGCUGAGGACGGCUGUGGACAUCGAGGAUGUGAGGAGGGAGGUUGAGAUCAUGAAGCAUUUGCCUAACCACCCCAAUAUCGUGAGCUUGAAAGAUACGUAUGAGGAUGAUAAUGCGGUCCAUCUUGUUAUGGAGCUCUGUGAGGGCGGUGAGCUCUUCGAUCGGAUCGUCUCCAGGGGGCAUUACACCGAGCGUGCCGCUGCUGCUGUCACUAAGACUAUUGUGGAAGUUGUGCAGAUGUGCCACAAGCACGGUGUGAUGCAUCGGGAUCUCAAACCUGAGAACUUUUUAUUUGCAAACAAGAAGGAAACAGCGGCUUUGAAGGCAAUUGAUUUCGGGUUGUCGGUCUUCUUUAAGCCUGGUGAAAAAUUUAGUGAAAUUGUUGGAAGUCCAUACUACAUGGCUCCCGAGGUGCUAAGGCGCAAUUAUGGUCCUGAAGUUGAUGUGUGGAGUGCUGGAGUUAUACUUUACAUUUUACUUUGUGGUGUUCCACCUUUCUGGGCAGAAACUGAACAGGGAGUUGCACAAGCAAUUAUACGGUCUGUUGUAGAUUUUAAGAGGGACCCCUGGCCUAAGGUUUCUGAUAAUGCAAAAGACCUUGUGAAGAAGAUGCUUAAUCCUGACCCGAAGCAGAGGCUUACAGCUCAGCAAGUUCUAGAUCAUACUUGGUUGCAAAAUGCAAAGAAAGCUCCAAAUGUUUCUUUAGGGGAAACAGUGAGAGCAAGGCUCAAGCAAUUCUCUGUAAUGAACAAGCUUAAGAAAAGUGCACUCAAGGUUAUAGCUGAGCAUUUGUCCCAGGAUGAAGUUGCUGGCAUACAAGAGGGAUUUAAGCUCAUGGAUACUAGCAACAACGGCAAGAUUAACAUUGAUGAGCUAAGAAUUGGGUUACAUAAACUUGGCCAUCAGAUACCUGAUACUGAUCUUCAUAUCCUAAUGGAAGCUGGUGAUGUAGAUAAUGAUGGGUAUCUGGACUAUGGAGAGUUUGUAGCCAUUUCUGUUCACCUAAGAAGGAUGGGCAAUGAUGAUGAGCACCUUCGCAAAGCAUUCGACUUCUUUGAUCAAAACAAAAGUGGGUACAUUGAAGUUGAGGAGUUGCGAACUGCCUUGGCUCCUGAAGUUGAUGAUAACGUUGAAGAUGUUAUUAGUGCCAUUAUCAAUGACGUGGAUACAGACAAGGAUGGAAAAAUAAGUUACGAGGAGUUUGCCGCCAUGAUGAAGGCCGGCACAGAUUGGAGAAAAGCGUCAAGGCAGUAUUCACGAGAGCGGUUCAAUAGUCUGAGUUUGACAUUGAUGAGGGAUGGAUCAUUGGAAGGUAAAACCGAGAGUUAAUGACUGGAAGACUGACUCAAGGUUACUUUUGGGAAGGUGAUACGUCAUACAUGUUAAUGAAAGAAUUGUUCAUUUUUUGUUUGUGUUUUUGUAAUUCUUUCUUCUGUAAGUUUCCUCCGUUAAUUUUACAUCCUUUUGUAGACCCUUCUGUGAUUAUUAGGAUAUGAGCCAAGGGUUUUCUCAUGUCUUGAUGUAGAGUGAGUUGGCAAAGAAAUUCAUUGUUGUGAUUGUAAAUAUGUUAUAGAAAAUUGGCAUAUAUUUUCAUCAAAGUGAUCAUGUGAAAUUAUGGUUCCAUUUGUC